GGCCCGAGCCAUUAGCAGCCGCUCGCAGAAAGGCUCUGGCAGUUGCCUCACGUCCCUCUCCCCGCUCAAACUGAUUAGAUCACACAGCUUGCAAUUCUACGCUGUCAACUGAAUUCAACAUCAGCUGUUUUUACUACAAUCCCUGCAAGAUGCCAGCAGCCCUUGCAGAGAACAGCCAAGUUAUCUGUGAAGUAUGGGCAAACAAUCUGGAAGAAGAGAUGAGGAAAAUUCGAGAGAUUGUUCUAAGUUACAGUUACAUUGCAAUGGACACAGAAUUUCCUGGAGUUGUUGUAAGGCCAAUUGGUGAAUUCCGCAGUUCCAUAGACUAUCAAUACCAGCUCCUUCGUUGUAAUGUUGACCUUCUGAAAAUUAUCCAGCUGGGCCUAACUUUCACAAAUGAGAAGGGAGAAUAUCCUUCCGGAAUCAACACCUGGCAGUUUAACUUCAAAUUCAACCUUACGGAGGAUAUGUACUCUCAGGAUUCCAUAGAUCUGCUUGCGAGCUCUGGGCUGCAGUUCCAGAAGCAUGAAGAAGAAGGGAUCGAUACUCUGCAUUUCGCCGAGUUGCUUAUGACUUCUGGGGUUGUCCUUAGUGACAGUGUGAAAUGGCUGUCAUUUCACAGUGGUUAUGACUUUGGCUACAUGGUGAAGCUGCUGACAGAUUCCAGGUUACCAGAAGAGGAACAUGAGUUUUUCCAUAUCUUGAACCUUUUUUUCCCAUCUAUCUAUGAUGUAAAGUACCUAAUGAAGAGCUGCAAAAACCUCAAGGGUGGCCUUCAAGAAGUGGCAGAUCAGCUAGAUUUGCAGCGAAUUGGGCGACAACACCAGGCAGGAUCAGACUCUCUGCUCACAGGAAUGGCGUUCUUCAGAAUGAAAGAGUUGUUUUUUGAGGAUACGAUUGAUGAUGCAAAGUACUGUGGGCGGCUGUAUGGCCUUGGCACAGGAGUGGCUCAGAAACAAAAUGAAGAUGUGGACUCAGCCCAAGAGAAGAUGAGCAUUUUGGCUAUUAUCAACAACAUGCAGCCGUGAUAAGUGGUACUCCUUAGCAGAACACGGUUACCGUAUUGGCAGCUGCUGUCCUCAACCAUUUUCCCUAACAGUGUCUCAAACAAAAGGCACCUACAGUAUACAAUACAGUCUGCAGAAGGCCUACAGUUUUGCUGAAGAGAAAAGCUGCAUCUUCAUUUGAAACCAAGAAAAGGAGUUGACUGAAUUCCUAAUGCCAGCAUUGGUGGCUUGCCAUCUUUUUAAUACCAAGGGCAAGAGACAAACUACUGUGUAUACCUCUGGUUUUUCCUCUUUAUACUGUACAGAACCUGCAAGGAAGACUUAACAGUAGAGUAUUCAGUAAGGCUAAGGGUCUGGAAAUCCAGUGAAAUCGGACACAGACAUGCACACAAAUUUGCAAAUUGUGCUUUAGGAAGCUUAUUUUAAAACUUCUGCAUGUUGUGAGGGUGACAGCUUCACCUCAUGUUUUGCUUAUUUUUAUCUUUGUAGUCUGUGGAUAUUGCUCCCUUUGAUCACUGCGGAGGUUUGGGAAAGGAUGACAUUAAAAAUAAUCCUUGCAGCUAAAAAUAUUCAGAGAUUUACUUUAACAACAGUGGGAAUGGAUAUACUGAAGCUGAUUUGAUCAUCUCCAUAGCUUCUAAUUCUGUAUGGUACAGGUUUGACCCGUACUGAGCCUCAGCUUAGGUCUUAUGGGUAUUAAUAAACUGUUCUGGAAUAGAUUAAAGAGAGCCUUGAAGUUCACCUUUGCUAGAGGACCCUUCUGACAGGGACCUGGACCAAUAUUCUGACUUUGGUCGGCUUCAACUUGGCAUACAAAUUUUGUUCUUCUCACUGCAGCACAAAUAACUCAGCAGAUGGAUAAGUAUUUUUCCCUCUUUCCUCCCACCUUCUCCAGCCCCUAAUUUUUGCUACAAGUUUAACAGCUAACAAAGUCCUUUUUUCUUCAUUAUAAACAUCUGAAAAGUAACCAGAGGAUGAAAGAACAUCUUGGGAUUCUCACUUUUAAAAAACCAAGCUAUUCUAUUAGUACGUUAUUUUCAACAGGUCGGUAAUGACAUUUCUUAAAAAAAAGGGAAAAGAAAAAAAAAAAACCCAAACCCCUUUUGGACAUGGCAAACUUAAAAUUUUGACUGUCUUGCAUUUUAAACAAGCUUAAACAAUUCGUUAUUAGGAGUUAAGGUUUAAAGCUGGUAUUUAAAAUGCUUGUAAAUACUACUUGUUUUUAAUUUUUGUAAAAUAAAUUUUUUUUUUUAAACCAGGCCUUGUUUCGGAUUUUCCAUAUAGCACUAAAAUCCCCAAAGUGUAGGACUUGGAGUCUGAAUUAGAGCAGUGCCUGAAUCUAAGAAAGAAGAGAACAUAUUUAAGCUUUGUUCUCUUCUUGCUGUUUAUGAUGUGCUACUAGGGCAAUUAGUUUAAAAAACAAAAAACAAAAAAAAAACCCCAAAACCCCUGUUCUUAAGCUUAUUGUACAGCAGCUGACUAAAGUUUGUUUUUAAAUCUCUUUUGGGUGACUAUGCUUGUAUUCUCUUCCUGCUUGUCUCUUAGCACGGCUAGCAGUGUCAAAGCAGUAUUCUUUCAGCGCAGCUUUGCCCUGUAAGGUGACAAAUUCAUUUCGCUCAGCUGUCCUGUGUCAAGUUUUUCUGCUUCACCUGAACAGUAGUGUUCUGUCUUUAAGAGAUGUAAGCUGCUUGGUUAAGUAGUAGCGCCCCCUUCUGGUUUUCAGGUACUGCAUCCAGAAUUUUAGCAAACUGCAAGUUAGCGGCAAAGGCUCACCAGACUCUUAACACGUCGAAAGAAGGAUCUUCUUUAGGUAUAACCACCAGCUUUUACCUACUGCUAUUCAAGUUGCUUUGAAGCUUUACUCAGUCUGUGGUAGUAUCUAUCAGGUAUUGGUAUCAAGUCUGUGUUUUGGUUAAGUGACCUGUAACAGUUCUUGAUCUAAAUCCAUCUUUCCUACUUUUUUUUUUUUUUAAACAGGCUCUUUUGUACCUCUCUGCUUUCUAAAUUCAGCCUUCUGAGCUCAUGGCUGUAUCCUACUGUGAACGUUUCUCCUGUAUUUAAAAAGUUGCUUAUGGAAAUUACUAAGACGGAUGCUACAUUCCCUAAGGCUUUUUGCAGCCUUGCCUUUGCUCUUUCAGGAAGAGUUAACUUUUCUAUUAAGACAUGCAGAGCCUUCAGUAAGCUGCAAGACUGGUCAUAGUGUUGCAUUUUCGGGACUCCAGAAGCUGGUAUCAAUUCUGACCCUUCUAAAAGAGCCACAGCCCCACAGAACUUGAUACUACCUAUUGCCUAGAACAACCUAAAAUUUACCAUCACUAUAGCAAAAAGCAUUUUAUUUGGCCAUGGACAUCCCCAGAAGCAGGGACUUCCAGUUUUCUUCACUGAAAGCUCUUGCUAGUCAUGCCUGAUAAAUGUAGCAAAUCUUGCCUUCCCUUUUAUGUUGUGAGCUUGGCUUUAUUGCACAAAGCUAAGUCAUGGCACCUAACAGCCCUGCUUUUUAUCUACUGAGUUAAAUUUACGUUGUAUUUUUUUAACAAAAAAAAGGACUUGUAAAAUGAGCGAUAGAUACUAAUUUCCAUCCAUCUGUCAAAUUAAAUGCUAAUGCCUAGAUGUAGAAGACUUUUAUUUAAAGAACAAGAAUAAAUUGACAAUGCUUGCAAGAACAAUACUGGCUUAAACGUCAGACUGCUUAAAGAAACCAUUAUUUUUCCAGAGGGCAGCUACAACUGUUCCUCUGCUGAAAGACUGAUGUAACCACUUAACACUCCUUCUGUUGCAUGUAAAUUCCAAGAGCGUCCCUUGGCAUAGCUUCCCACA